CGCACAGCUGCCUGCCAUACACACAGCACAAUACUACAAAGGAUCGGAUGGGAAGAAUAUAUAGUGCUGUGGUCUGUUGCUUAAUAUUACUUAAUAAUAAUUAAAUAAAUUGGAGAUAUGGUGAUACGGUGGUGGUAGGCAUCGUCGUCGUCGUCGUUUAGGUUGUUAAGGUACGUUUAAGAAGACCAACUUUACUUUUACUGCAUACUUACUACUGCUUGUGACUUGUAGUUAAAGUUAAAGUACUUCUUCAUCAUUAGUUUACCUGUGUUGGAUUUGUGUUGUCGAUCGUCGUAUUACAUAAUAGCCAACACGGCAGUGGUAUUUUAUAUUUAUCUUGCAACUCUGCGCUGCUGCUGCUAAUUGUGAACGUCACUUGUUAAAAUAACUAUUUACCUUCCCCUAACUGGCUUUUGGUCAAUUUAGACUUUGGGGUCGUUGACGAACAAGUCCAAAUCCAGUAGUAAGCAUAUCUAUUUACAUAUCCAUCCUGUGAGAACUGAGAGUAUUCUUCAAUAGCUUCCCGGAAUCACAUUCAGAAAGUGGAACACAAAGAAAACGUGUCACACACAGGAAGGAAGCCAUCUGCGUGUCAGUCAGUCAAUCGAAAAUCGGACUCGGAUUGUCAUUUUGAUUUGCAUGAUAGUGAAUAAAGCAACAAGUUUGUGCCAAAAAUAAUUUGCUUCUACAAACAAGAAAUCAAGAUCCUGCAACGAGUCAAUAAUCAAGACAUUCAUUCUCUAGGACAAAUAUCGACCGUGUUUGUUUGUGCUCAUGAAAACAGACCGAACGUCGUUGUUUAUUUAGUGAUUUAAUAUUUGAGCAAGAACUGCGAAAAGUGAUGGUUGAUAGAGUUAGGUUAAAUAACCUCUGUUUUACUGCUGCUGCUUCACAUUUUGUAAUAAUAGUGAAAGUCGUAUAUUGAUUUAAUGUAAUCGAUGCAAUUCAACUCUUCGCCGACGAAAUUAUUAUUAUUAUUUGGACACGGGUAGGCCCUUAUCUUUGGUAGUACUUCAGACGACGUUAUAAUGUCAGGGAACGAGUCUCCAGGAGGAGACGACUCCUUGUCGUUGUCCCUGUCGUUAUCCUCCUCAACUGUUUCAAAAUCAAUUUCUUCUUCUUCUCGAGACAUGUCAAACGAUCCAAAGUAUAAAAAUUACGUUUCUGCAGUGGACAAGGCCCUCAAGAGUUUCGAAUACUCUUCCGAAUGGCAUGACCUGAUUUCAGCCCUUAGUAAACUUAACAAGGUGAUAACUACAUGGAGUGGGAGAUAUGGAGCCGACCUCCCACGCCUGCAUCUCGUAACCAAACGUUUAUCGCAAUGUCUGCAUCCAAAUCUUCCUGGCGGAGUUCAUCUAAAGACAUUAGAAACUUACGAACUAAUUUUCAAAUCUAUUCCUCCAGACCGGACAAGUAGUGUAAUUGGUCCAGACUUGUUUUCUUUUGCAUCUGGUUUGUUUCCUCUUUGGACAUACGCUUCUGAACAAUCCCGCCCAACGUUACUUCGAAUAUAUGAAACCUAUCUUCUCCCCCUAAUUCGAUAUCCCGCACUCGAAGGUUUUUUAAUUUCUAUAUUGGCUGGACUUUCUGAAGAUGAAAACUCGUCAGCAACUACUCCCACGAUAGUUAAAGACGAUCCGCUUUCUACCAUUGGCAGGGUUAACAAUCUACUGGAAAAUGUGACUGCAAACGUUGGAACUCAGAAUUUUAAUCGAGUAUUGUGGCAAGUUUUAAAAUCAAAUUCGAAAAUUCGGCUCGCUGGGAUCAAUUAUAUUCUAAGAAAAUUAGCUAUAACGGAUGAUGAAUCUCUUGCUGUGGAUACCUUGAUCUGCUGCCUUGUUACCAGCGAUGCAACAAAUGAGUCCAUUUUAAUUCAGCGAGCUACAUUGGACCUGUUGUUAAAUCACUUUGAAUUGAUCACUUUGUGCCAAGAGAAAAAGACAAAACUUAUCAAGGCAAGCCUCCAAACACUGCUGAGAAGGGACAUGAGUCUCAAUCGUCGCCUGUUCAGUUGGCUACUCGGAAAUGAUCCCACAUAUUUUGUAAACCAUUGUAAGACAUCACUAAUCACCAGCUGCACAGAAAUAUUGACGGAUGAUACCUUGAGUUCUUCUGAAAUUGUCAGGGUUUUAAUAAGUCUCCUAGAUAAGUCAGAAAUCUCUAUUUUGGACGACAUCCUACUACAAAUUGUGAUCUACUUCAAGAGAAUAGACUCGAAGCAAUGCGCUAAUUUGUUUUUCGUCAACUUGAAACCCGAGUAUGUGUUUGAUCAAGUUGUCCUCGCCAUAGGAUCAAAUGUUGACUACUGCAACAUUCUGGAAUACUUGAUUGAAUUGGACUUGUCGUGUUUCGAGUAUGAAAAACUUUUACCUGGAGUAUUCAAGGCGAUGAUUAAAAUGUCAAAUUCAAGCAACAUCGUCAAAGUGAAACCCGUUUUAAUGCUAAUGUUGAAGAAGAUUGAGCUAGAUCAAGAUCUGUUUGAAGCUUUCAUUCAAUUUUAUCUCACUUUUGUCCACUACUACAGUUCGGAGGAUGGCGAUUCUAAUUUUGACUUUGAGCAAUUUUUGAAACCAAAGUUAAUGGAUAAUUUUUGGACGGAUUUUAAACUAUGUAGGCCGAGUUAUGAGGGUGACAUUUUCGAAAAGUUCUCACUGCAUCAAAUUGAGUUGGAGAAUCUUACUGUCGUCAACAAUUUAUUUGAGGAACUACUGGACCCUCGAAUUCUCAAGGAAAUCUCAAACAUUACUGAAUGGCUAAAGGCUCUUAUUGUGAUUGGAUGUCACGGCGAUGUCGAAACCAUAAGCUUAGUUGUUAAAGUUGUAAAACUCUUGGAAAAAUCCCUCUGCUUUGAAAUUGUUGAACAAACGUACCUUAUUGAACUGGCAACUCGUUUCCUCUGGGACCAAGAUCAAUUUGAAACUUUAAGUGAAUUAAUUUGUUUAAACAAGUUAAAAGUGGAAAAAAUUCUUCUCAGUUUUCUCAAGGAUUUUGAUAGUUUCCGAAAAUUGAUAGAGUUUCUUGAUUUUGUUGGAGAUUUUGGAGAUCUUAGAUUAUUGGUUUACAAACUAGUUGAAAACUUGGAUUGCUCAUUUGAGCAAUACCCAUUGGAAUUUCUAGAGCUGAGGGAACAAGCUGAAGAGUUUUGCUGUAAAAUGCUUCGCGAGAAUGAUCUCAGAUUCAUAGAUGUUUUUGUUUCCAGUUUAUUAAUCGACUUUGAAACUGUUGGAGAAAGCUUGAGUCGAUCUAGAAAGGAAAAAGAAAGGGAAAGCCUGUGUUUGGGAGGUUCAAAUACAUGUCUUACUCAGAAACAUGCAGGGAAUCGAGACGGAAACCAUGCUACGGCUGAACUGGAUAUUGACAAAAUUAGCAUUGGCAUCGGAAGUGCGAGUGAUUUGACCAGCGAAUGCUCAUACAAGUCAGCAGACGAUAAUGAUGAUGAUGAAGCUGAGGAUCAAGAAGAAAUGAUUAAAGCAAAUUCAACUCCAGAUCUAACAAAUCUCAAGCUCGAGGAAAAUGAAAAAUCUUUACAAUUUGUCAGUCGAUCAAUGGGAGAUUUAAGAAAAAUUUCUCUAGACUCUUCUGAAAUUAACAACAUCCCUGAAAUAAUUGUACAAGACCAAUGUCCUAAUAUAACUGAAGGAGCAGAUCAAGUUGAUUUGACUGGGAUGAUAUCUUCAUCAUCAACCGUGGUCACUACAAUAACUGCUCCUGGAGAUCACGCCGCCAAGUUAACAUCCCCAUUUAUCCUUACACCUUCCACAGAAUUGGGUGUCGAAGCCAAAUCUAAAUCGGCAUCAAGAGGUUUCUCCAAGAAAUUGGCUCACCCACAUUUAAAAGUCUCAAAAGAUUUAUCAGAAGACGUUCAGAAUCGAAUUUUAUAUGUAUUGGCAAAAAUGGAAAAGUUUCUCACUCUCAAACCAGAUCUUUUCAUCAACUAUUUGAAAUCUUGCAACACAAAUCAAUCCCCCAGAAUAAAUUUUCGAGAAGACUGUGUCUACUUGGAACUUUUGUUGGGAAAAUUGUUGGAUUUUAUGUGUGUUGUAAUCCCCAACGAAGAAAGUCAUAACAAGGUGCUUCAACUUACAAAUCUAAAUAUCCAGUUCAAAUCGUGCAAUGUGUUGAAACUGCUAUUGGACAAAGUGCUAGAAUCCGAACGAAUGGAGAUUGUUUCUUCGUUUGGUUUCAAUAAUGGUACAUCUGUCGGGGGAGCAAGUCUUGCAAUUAUUGGAAAUAAAAGUAUUAAUUCUACACCUCUAAGCUCAAAUACAACGAUAGCAUCAAAGAGACAACAUUUUACCAAGCUGAAGAGAAAGUCGAGCAAUAGCAUUUCCAGUUCUCACUUUGUGGCAGAUCUCUUGACACGAGUUAAGGUCCAGAAAACAUUGCUGUUCAUUUUGAGGUCGACAACAACUAAUUUGAAGCAUGAAGAUAUCGACGAAACUGGAAAGAAUUUGACCUUGCUAGGAGAAUCAUUAUCGUCAUCCGACAAUGGUGCAGAUCUCAGUUUGGAAUUACUAAAGUCUAACUAUGGGCAAAAAUAUUUGACUUUAUAUCAAGGUCUUCUCUUGAGUCUCUUUCGCACUGUGAUAAGUCUCGAAUCGUUGAUUAACUCUGUGCAUCACCAUUAUCACGCCACAAGUUCAAGAUCUCUCUCCAGUCUUCACAGAAAUCACCCAAGUCACAAAUACCUUGCCUUCCUUCCUCUCACAAACCAACCCCUCUUUCACGAAAUUCUCCUGACUGCUUUGGAGUUUCGGGAUGACUGCAGUCUAAAUGCGAAUCAUUUUAAUUGGAUGGAGCUCAAUCUUCAUAUUCUUCCAUUUAUAAUCAAUACUAACUGCCCUGUGACAAUCCUAACUGUAACUCAAAUAUGUAAAAACUUGCAACCUCUAGGCCAAAAUGGAAAUAAGCCUCCAAAUGAAGUAUAUAUUCUCAGAAGCCUUGAUUAUCUUAUAGCCAUUACCAAUGCUGUGUUAUUCCGCCAUGGUGAAAAAUCGGACAAGCCUCAAGAGGCACAUCAAAAUCAAAGUUCGUCCUCUAUUUAUGGAAUCAUUACGUCUUUCUUGCCUGGAGGCUCCUCCACCUCCCCAAAAAUAGAAUCCGUCGAUGAAAUUGAUUGUCAGUCAAAAGAUUUGUUGUCAAAGCUCGACGUUUUGAUUAAAACUGCCUUAGCUGUAAAGUCUCCAGUGACAUUGAACAGAUUGAGGAAUCUGUUGAACCCGAUUUGUAACAAUUACCUCGAAAACUUUUUGACAAGCCUAAGUAUCCUAAAACCAUCCAAUCAACUCACCGACUUGUGUAAAGAGAUUGAAACUAUGCGAGUUGAAAAGUUGACAAUAAUAUGCACCCGAAUUCUGAAUAGAAACUUGCUCCUUUUUUAUCGUGGCUUUGUUCAGCACAUUGGAAUAAUAGAAUUCAACUCGGGAUUGCUGAGUGCGUUGGUAAAGGAGUGUCUAACCAAAUCUGUCGGACUGAUGACAAUCUGUGAAGUAGUCAAUGAUUUAUACAGCAAAUUCAAACCAGAGUCUUGGUCAAAACAAGAUCUUAAAGAGUUACAAGAAAAUUUGUUCAAAGUAUUUGAUCGACUAGUAACCGAAGUUUGCAACCAAAAUAGCUACAUGUUAAUGGACUCGAAUUCGGUAGAGUCGAAUAGCAGCUCUAAUGGUCAAGUGAACUUUUUAAGUGGUCAAGGAUUACAAGGAAAAAGUUACAACUUUAAAAAGGUCACCACGUCAGAAGAAAAUAUGGAGGAAAUUCUUGCAAGCUUAUGCAUUAACCUGCCAAGCCUCAUUGAUCUGCUGUGGACCGAUGACAAAGAUCGUGACAAAGUCAUGCCAAUGUUGACGCAUCUUUUGGGAAAUUUAAUUGGGUUAAUUAAACUGAGACACACCAGCACGGCAUCGUACGUUUCAAUCUUGAAGCUGCUGAAGAAUAUGAGUUACUACAGCUAUUUCCGGAAAGCAUGGAAAAAGGAGGUUUUUGAAAUGUUAUUACUGGAUCCGACGUUCUUCCAGAUGAUCAAGCCACACUACUAUUUCGUUCCUUAUGGUUGGGACGAUGAAUGUAAUAAUGGAAAGCUCCCUGAAAACCAAUGUGUCAUCCAAAUUUGGAAAGUUAUGAUGGACAAUCUUUUCACACAAGAUAAAUCUAGUUUUUCUGAACUUUUGACUCGAGUCAGCGUCCCACCGACAACGGGUUUGAAUAUUUUUACUAGCAAAGAUACUGAAUUUGAAGGGAGAGCAUUACUCUUAAAGCGACUAGCUUUCGUCAUUUGGUCCAGCGAACCUGAUCAAUUUUACAAAUUCAUUACCAACAUCCAAGAACGUCUUGCUGAAGCUCUAAAAACGCCAAAUUCUCCUCAAAUUGUUCCCGUCAUUUUGAGAUCAGUGUUCCUCUGUUUCCGAGUCUUGAUCCUCAAGUUUACAAAUUUAAUUGCAUUGUGGCCAAUAAUGAUUCACGAAAUUGUACAGGUUCUACUACUCUUGGAAAAACAAUUGGCGAACGGUACUAAGUUUGAUCAGGACCAACUAGCAUGUGCUCUAGAAGUAUUCAAACUAAUUGAACUACUAACCAACCUGCCAACAGGGACUCUUCCUCUGUUUCAAAUGUACAGAUGGGCUUUUCUUCCUUACACAUCAAUUUCCAGCGAUGACAAUCUACUGGACAACAAUAACAUCAACAAUAGUUUCAUUCCUUUCCUUUCUAAAAUUUCCAUUCUCGUUGAUGAUGCCAAUUAUAGUGGUACAAGUCACACCAGCAGCAGCUUAACUUUAGAGAAAGAAAGACAUAUUAACCCCAGCAGGAUUCGUAUACUCACAAGUCUUUGUGAGAUAUCCGGGUAUUUAAAUGGACAUUGUGAUAAUAUUGGAUUGGAAGAGUUGUGUUGUGAACUCGACCUCGAUUUUAUUGAAUGCUGAACUAAUUAAAAUAUUUGUAUUGUGUGGAGACUUAUCAUGCAAUUAACCGAUUUUAGUCAAAUUAACCGUGAAUACAUAUAUAAUACAGUAAAUACUAAGAAAUCGAUAAUAA